UUUAUUCAAGAAAUAACAAAAAUACAGAUGCUAUUUCAUCGACGUUGAAGGCAGUGAUUGAGUGGUGUGCUCCAUGGCUUCUUCCUCUUCCCGAUCAACCGGCGCCGGCGCCGGCAAUCCGAAGAAGUUAAAUUUUUUCGCAAACGCGAUGAAACAAAAGCACAGCUUCAUUCAAUUUUUCGCCAUGACUGGAAUUCUUCUCUUAAGCAUGAGAUCCGUGGGGCAAAAGUACAAAAUCCAUGGACUUCAAGAGGAUGUUCAUGAGCUGAGAGAAGAACACAACUCAGUAACCGAUCGUUUGAACAACAUCAAGCGCUCAUUGCUCGACGAAGCUUCUCAGGAUUCUACGGGAAUCUUCGCGGCUCGUCUUCGUAGUCUCUUCAAUGAACAGAAUUGAUUCUUCUUAUCGUGAGUUCUUUCUCUGCUAUAUUUGUUUUUCUGUUUGUUAAUUUCUUGAGAAAUUGUUGUAAACCGCCGCCAAUUUUUGUUGUAACUGAUUAUCAAAAUUAGGGUUAUGAAUAAUAAUAGUCUUUGCUUUUUGACUUUUUA